UCAACUCGUUGAAUUACAUCCAUGCCGACCUCAGCAAUGACACAACUCCUUUGGGCAGCAUUAUUCUGCUCAAUACAACACUGGCAUGGAAACAGAAGUUCAGAACAUUCAGGGAGAGCCCUGAAAGCCCGUGUCUCAAGCAUCAUUUUCACAUGCAUACUAUUUAUCCAGUAGGAAGCACCAUGUGAGUCAAUGAUGGAGAUUGAACUAACCUACCAUAACAAAAAUUGUAACAAUCAGACCACGUGGAAGGCAAUUAUGAAAGUUAUCAUUUACAGUAUAAAGGUAGUCAUGUGGUCUUGUCCUGUCUGUUGACCAAACCCAAAAUGAAAAAAAGGUCGGGGACGAUCAGACCAUAUGGAAGGUACAGUCGUUCCAUCAGUUAUACAUUUCCAACCGUUGGGUACGCCAAUGGAGUCAAUAUCAACAUGACCCUGACCCUUAACCCUCAUAUCACUUCUCAAGGAUUGUUGACCAUGUGAAUUUGAGUAAUGACUGUCUGAUUGGUAAUGGUGUGGAGCAGUCUUCAUUGGGCGUGUGAUGAAACAUCUUGCUUCAUAACAUCAGUCUAUUUCUUGUGCCCUCUAUCAAUGAGAAAGUGAUUCAAAAAAUCAAGUCUGGUCUUUUCAAUAAGGCUACCUGUCACCUCAAUGAGGCACUCUUAAUAAUUGACAAAGCGACACAUGGGCCUCUUUAGAGUGUGAUAUCCCUCAUACACAAUUAAUUGUAAAUACACAAUUAUUGUAGAAGUCUGACCUUGUGGAGUUGGAUUAUUUAACAUUCGUGUUGCUUGGCUCUGCCCACAUCCUAUGGCAUGGGCUAAAAUCAUCACCCAUCUGUCUAUUGUCUAAUUUCCAUUUGGGCUCAUUUGGGCUCACUUGGUCGAAGUCAAAAUACAAACAUUGGUAUUCUCCCAAAAUGGCCAACUUCCUGUUUGUUUUCCAACAUGGGUUCUUGAGACAUUUUGUGCUUUGCUUCAUGAUCAACGACUCCACCAAAUUUCAUGAAGACCUGUGAAACAAAUGGCAGGGGAUAUUUUUUUCAAAAUUUAUAGUAGGAGCAAGCAGGUCAAUUUGGGGUGGUCACAUUUGGAAGCUGCAAAAUAUUGUUUGAGGUUGGAUUCCUAUUUUCAAUGAGAUGUGACGAUCCAUCCAUUUUCUAUACCGCUUAUCCUCAUUCUCAUAGGCUGGAGCCUAUCCCAGCUGUCUUCAGUCAAGGAAUGGGGUACACCCUGGACUGGUCGCUAGCCAAUCACAGGGCACAUAUAGACAAACAACCAUUCACACUCACAUUCAUACCUAUGGACAAUUUGGAGUCGCCAAUUAACCUAGCAUGUUUUUGGAAUGUGGGAGGAAACCAGGAGAAAACCCACGCAUGCACGGGGAGAACAUGCAAACUCCACACAGAGAUGCCCAAGCGGAGAAUCAAAACCAGGUCUUUCCAACAUGCUAACCACGGCCCCAGAUCUGCAGUCAAAUUAUGAGACUUUGAUGGUCAAUGGCAAAGUCAGAAACUUCACCACCAUUCCACACCCAUCACGUGUGUUUACAUUUAUACGGUUCACAACGUAUGUUGGUCUGCCUGUCUUACAUACUUCCAUCGAAUUUGAUGUUGGUAUGAAAAAUCCCCUACAAGGAGUCACCAGUGGAUGAGACACAUUCUGGAAGUGGCAUAGGCAUAAUUUCAAGGUCUCGUCUUCAUCCUAAAUACCAACUUUGGAGCCGAGUUAUUGACGUUUACACUUUUGUUCCAAGUUAAAAGCAAAGUUAGAAUUAAAGGAUCAAAGUUUGUUGCUAUGCUCCGCCCACAUCUUAUAGACCACCUAAAAUUCUUGGCAAUAUAUCAUCACCCAGCUGUGUAGUCUCUGUUGAUUUGCGUUCACUUGGGCUCACUUGGUCAAAAUCUCCAGGAUUAGUUCAUCGAAAUAGAAACUUGCAAAAUUGCAGCCGAAAACCAAAACGUCUGACUUCCUGUUUGUUUUGGAACAUGGGCUCUUCAGACUUUUUCAAGUUUCCUGGCAUGAUUGACAUCUCCACCAAAUUUUGAGAUGAUCCAUGAAAAUGGUGGCAGUGGCUAUUUUUUUCAAAAUUUUAAGGGUACACCACUGAGUGAGCUUUCGGUAUCUGUUUUCAUGGCCUCUGAAAUAUCACAUUUUUCUCCGGACUUGAUAAGCUUGCAAAUUUUGCCGCUGCAGGGUAUCCUCGAUUCUCAGGGAGUUUGGCCCACACUUUUCUUCCCAUGAGCCACCUGGAUCACCAUGCCAACAGCGGCGUUCUCUACGGCCAACACCGUUUCUAUGACACCCAAAAAGAGAACUUCUACAUUCGAGGUCUACCAUCACAGCCACCUCUCAUCUCAACCAAUCACAGUCUGCCGCCAAUGUCCAGGGCCAGUUCGGGACUCUCCCAGGGACCUUGCAGCAGAGAAAGAGAUGCAGGUGGUGGAAUAAAUCUCCAUAAGAGCCUUAAAGAGGGAACUGUGGAGAGAGGAGUGGGUCCUGUCAAAGACAAGGAGAGGUCUAGUAGCAAACAUGAAGCAAAGGAAAGACAGCAGCAGCAGCAGCAGCAACAACAGCACCACAGCCACCAGUCUGCCCUGCCCACUCAUCAUCACCACCACCACUCCCAUAGCCAUCAGCAGCACCCGCACUAUCCACAGCACCCACUGCCCCUGGAGGAGGUCAACAGUCGCGCUCUGGAGAGGCACAAGGCAUCACUUCCUAUGGAAUACAGCAAGGAUUCGCAAAUAAUGGGCAAACCUUUAAGCGCUUGCUUGCACAAUGGCAAGAUGCAAAAUGGGGAGACAGGAAAUGUGGCGGUGCCUAAGACAUCUAUGUCCAGCUGUGGAGGGGAGGGGACACCUUUGGGAACUAUUGGAGGUGGCGGGAACAACCAUGGCAGACAUAUGGGCCCAAGUGGGAAUAGCCGCUGCACCAAAGAAGGCAUAAGUGGGGAGAUGCGGAUCAGUGAACAACCCUCGGACUGUCUAGAAAGGGGUCAGGCACCACUGCACCAUUCUCUGUCUUACUCUGUACCUCCACCCUUACAACUGGCCUCUACCGGAGGGGCACACCCCCAUCCACACCCGCACACACACCCUCAUGCGCAUGCUCACCCAGGCGGCUUCCACUGCCUCCAGCUUCACCCAAGCCACCCGCACCAUCCACAUCCUUCCCACCACGCUCACCACCACCCGGACUUUUUCUGUCCACCCCCUCCUGCCCCUCUUGGUAACGCUGCCUCACAUGACAGGGGGCCCGCAAAUGCAGGGCGUGAACCUAAAGUUACAGGGCCUACAUUUGUGCCAUCUGUAGCAGACACAGGGGACAAACACGGAGGACCAUUCCAGCUUGGUAACCCUGACUGCCACGUUCUAGGCAGUGGAGGUGGAAAUGUCAAGGACAAAGUUAUGGACAAAAAUGCUGGAGGUGGGGGACACCAUAGUAGUUGGCAUAGAAAACAGCAGCAACAACAACAACAACAGCAGCAACAGCAUCAAUACAGAAAAACAGAGAAGGCUCCAGACUGGAUGCAGUCACACCACCAACAUCUCCAAGCCUCCCAGCUUCCUCCGCCCAUCCAGCAACAACAGCAGCAGCCUCCACAACCACAGAAACAGCAUCAGGUUGUACGGUCACGCAGCGCUGAGUGUGUAAACACUACUGUGGACAUGGACGUGUUCAGGUCCUCGUUGCCCCUUGGACCCAAGACUGGACACUCUCUCCCACAUUCUGUCAACACUUCUCCUUACAGAGACUGUUCCCAUUCAGGACCACCACCUAACUCUUCCCCGCUUGGAAACAAAAACAUGAGUCAGCAUAGUGGUCCUGGUGGUAGCUGCUCGUUGCAGAGAGAUGGCCAAAAAGUAGCCAGGAUUCGCCACCAGCAGCACGGGCGACCUGGCCCAGAUGCUCCUUCUCCGGUCGAGCUAAACCAAGGGGCGGUGCAAGAUAUGAAAAGAAAAAUUGACAUCUCCGCUUAUGGUUACAACAACAGUGGGCAGCAGCAGCAACACCAGCAGCCCCCUGUGCCACAAUGGGCCAUGAGGCCUCCCCACCACAUGCCACAAACUGAGGAGGAGCCAAGAAAGUCCUACAUGGAGUUAGGAAGCAGUAAUAUGCAACAUUCACAGCAGCAACAGCAGCAGCAAAGAAUAAAUCAACCUACUCAGCCUGCACCUCCAGUCAGUCAGCAGCAGCAACAACCUGAGCCUCAAGGCCCAACUCGGGGGGAGAGCAGUGCCAUGAAAAGCUUACUUAAGUACAGUAACCAGCAACAGCUCCUCUCUCAGAAAACCCCCUUUGGUGGCUUGGGGAACCUGAAAUCAGGUCCUGCUGGUGGAAGUUGCGCCCUACAGAUCAACAAGCAAACUCUACCAUCGAGAAAGGGUCCGGCCAAUGACAACGAGCGCCCUGAUUACAGCGGGCGGCAUCGAGAUGUCGGGGAAGCAGGUCACGGGGAAAGUGAGGUGAGGCAGCCGCCCGUUGGGAUUGCUGUGGCCGUGGCCAGACAAAGAGAACCAUCAUGUCGUUCAUCAGACAGUCAUCACAGCAGUCGACACGGCAGGGUGCAUCCCACUGUAAAAGGACCACCCCACAAUGCCAUGUAUCCCUCAGAUGUGACUACUGAGCAGGAGAGAAAAAUGAUGAGCGGAGAGCAGAUAGGUCUGAAUUGUUUGGACAGAGAGAGGGAUGCAUACAUCAGAGAUAAUAAAGAGAGGGUGGAGUUUUCAAGGAUUCAUCCCACAAACAGCUGUCACGGGGACCUCACUUCACAUCUCAUGGUCCCAGGCGGGACUUCCCUCCAAUCUGGCCAAUUAGCAGACCCUGCUGCACAUUCUGCUCACCACCAUUGGAUGCCAAGAACUGGAAGCCCAUCCCUUUGGAUGACAGGACAUUCUUAUGCAGGUAUAGGUCAUACAGCCCUGCACCAGAACCUUCCUCCGGGUUUCUCUGCAGCAAUGCCAGGUCCUCUACAGCCAGUUCUGCCCUUGCCUCAGGAUCCCUCUGCCCAGUUGGUGGUCCUGCCCACUGAACCUACAGCCCAUCCUGCAACCCAUCACCUUGAUGUGAUGGAACAGCCAGGGCUUUGGCCACCUGUGUACGGAGCCCGGGGCCCAGCAUCCCACAUGCAGCAUCCCACCGUUUACUCCAGAUCCCAGUUUCUACGGCAACAGGAACUGUAUGCUCUCCAGCAGCGUCAACAGCUCCAGCAUCAGCACCAAAGCCACCCGUCACAGCAACCGCAGACACAACAUCAGCAGCAGCAGCAGCAGCAGCAUAAAGCCGUGCAUGGCAUGGACAUGCAACACCAAGCCCCCCACAAUUCACAGAUGCAGAAGCGGGCAGAAGAAACUUCUGUUGACCUGGGGGAGCUAAUCCCCAAAUCAAGGGCAUCAAAACCUGCCAAGCCCUACUCUUACAACCCUCCUCAGAGAAACACCUCGCCCCCUGGUGCCUGCACCGCUCACUUGUCCCCCUGUUGCCAGUCACCUUCAAUGCGUCCACAUCCCAAAAGCACUCCGUCUACACCUUGCCCAGCUCCCAGCCCAGCUGUGACAGCCCCCCACUCGCCUAACAUUAGUCCUUCCCCGACCCAGAUACCCAAAGGGUCUGACACCCAGGAUAAGAGAGGAGAGGGUCAGCCCCUGCAGGAUUACCCAGAAUCUUUGGAACCGGACUUGCCUCCUGGAUACACCUACUCUGCAAUCACACUUGGCUACAGGAGUGGGCCGUCUCCCCAGGAUAUUCAGCUUGCAGAGCCUGCCGACCUGGAAGCCAUCCAAGCUGAGCCCCAAGAGCAUGCCCCCCAGUCCCUCUCCACCCUAGGGGAGGGGCUGGACUGCCAAGCGGUGGUCAGGACUCUCUUUGAGCCACUUGCGCCCAAGGAAGUGAAGCAGGGAGAUGAAGGAAGCAUUGUGGAGAGAGUCCUGGAUGAGAGAGAAAAGGUGGAGGCAUCAGUGGGGACAGCAGCCAACUAUGUAUCAAGAGAGAAAGACUUGGUGCAGCAGGGGGCCGCAGAGGAAGAGGUACUUGUUUGCCCCCCUGCUGACAGCCCGGUGUGCGAGGCUGCAUCCUGUCCAGCUCCCCUUGCUACAGGUGAGCCUGAAAGGCCAGAGGCUGUCAUCACUUUGGAAGAUGAUGAUGAUGAGCCUUUGCGUGAGGAGAGCCAGGUGGAGCAUGUCCCAAAGGUCGCCAUGUCAGGAGAGCAGGGCACCUUGGGUGAGCUUAACGCUGCCACUCCUGUGGUCCAUGAGGAACAGUCCCCUGAAGUUGACAGCAAGAUGGCCGCUCAUGAUGCCUCGUUGAAUUUGGUGUCCGUCGCGAGUGAAGUCGUUGUCGCCGAAUCCCAGAACCCUCUUGUGCCAUGCUACUGGAGCCUUGAGCUGCUCAUUGCUGCAGCUUUCUGCACAGAUGUGCCCCCAUUUCCUUUGUUUCCUUUCAGCACCCCAUCAGUUAGCUCGUCACUGCCCAACCCCUGCCAGGGUAUGGAGCUUCUGAGUGAGGUGGCUGACCUGGAGUUACAACAGAAGCGGCGCAACUCUGGUGAAAGCCAAGAGGAAGAAUCGCUGAUGUUUGACCUCCACAGCCUUGCAACGUUGGCUACGGCCCGAUCGCUGGAGACAAGCUCACAGGAAGGUGAAGGUGUGUGUUCAGGUCGACAAUUCCCAGCGCGUAAGACCUUUAAUUUGCGGCGAAAAUGCAGCUGGACACCUCGAAAUGAACCGGUGUGCCAAGCAAAAGGUAGCAUGGAGACAAUGGAGGCUCCAGAGCUUGAGAUGCGUGUGAAGCUGGCUGAGCUUCAGCGUCAUUACAAGGAGAAGCAGAGGGAGUUGGCUAAACUGCAAAGAAAACACGACCAUCAAAAAGAGGAAACGCCUCGUAGCCCGGCACGAAGAGGCCCAGGACGGCCGAGGAAGAGGAAGCCCACAAUGGUCACCAUGAACUCGGUGUCAUCUGAGGGUCAAAGAAAAGUCAAGAUGAUGGUGGCCGGGCAUUCCCUGGCACCCGAGGAGCUAGGAGUGGGUGGAGAAAACCAGAGAAGAAAGAAGAGGCUGUCCAGUCGAGGCUUUGAGCAAAUCAGUGGCACACAGCAGAUUAAAGCGCAAGGUUGCAGAAAAGGUGAUCCUCAAAGCACGCUGGGUUCCAAGCUGGCCCCCGAUGUGGCACAGCUCAAACAGAAGAGCCAGGGUAAAAAGAAUCUCUCAGGGACACGCUACAGAGACAAGGAGGUCUCACCCUGCAACUCAAAGCACGGACACAGAAACCAGGGCGCCAGCAAAAUGGAGUUCAGGCGAGACUCCGGGGGCCACAGCGACACAGCAGCCAGUGUGGACAGUGGCCCCCAGGAGAGCUGGGCUAAGAAAGGAGGAGAGGAUUCCACUCAUCAGAGCAAAAUUGGGCCAAGGGCUGUCCAUUGUCAGAGACAGGAAUCAUUGGGAGAGAGUUCCAAUCCUGACAGCGACUCCUCGGAACAAGGAGAAGAAGAGGAAGGCAGCAAUGAUAGUGAUGAAGGUCAAGACCGAAGAGCCCAACAUUGCAGAGAUGUGACUCCCAGCUGUACUAUGACAGGUCCGAGUCCUUCCUCCAUUGUAAAACUUGAGGCAAAUCAGAAAGCCAGGAACAAAAAACAGAGACAGGAGCUUUAUGGUUCCCAUAGUCUUCCUGGCACAGAAGGCGAGGUCAAAGUAAAGAAGAAGAACCCCUGUAGGUCUGCUCAGGCCGAUGCAGAUCAGGCUAUUAGGAGAGCAUGCACAUCCAAAACCAAGGAGCCGAGAUGGGGAAGCCACGGCAACAGAGGCAACCGUUUCCGGCGUAGCAAGGGACUGCCCAUCUUUCCGACAACGAACGAGAGGUUAAAGAGGGCGACACGCAAAAGCACCGUGUUGAGAGGUGCCAUUAAGCAAAGAAAUUGCUGGGUGCCAUUUCCAAAGCGUGAGGAAGGAAGCAGAGGCAGAAGAGCCAAGGACCAAGAGCCAAAGGGUCGAGCAGUUAGUAGACUGCUCGAGAGUUUUGCAGCUGAUGAGGGCUUUCAGAUGGAUGGUAGCAGCUUCUCCGAGGAAGAAGAGGAGGAGGAGGAGGCGAACAGUGAUUCAUGCACAAAGACUCCUGAAGUUCCAAAUUGCGUCUUGACCAAAGAACUAUUAACGGAUGGACUGAAAAUAUUGGUCUCUAAGGAGGAUGAACUCCUGUACGCUGCCAGGCUGCACACAAUGGAGCUCCCAGAUAUAUUUAGUGUUACAAUUGAUGGAGAAAGAGGAAACCGUGCAAAGAUCUAUUCAUUGGACCAACUGCUACGGGAAGCUGUCCUGGAUGUACGCCCUGAGUCAGAGGCUAUGUUAAACGAUGGAACCAGGGUGUGUGCUUAUUGGAGUGAACGCUCACGCUGCUUGUACCCAGGCUAUGUUCACAGAGGGACUUCCACUGACGAGGGCAAGCCAGGAGUAAUGGUAGAGUUUGACGACGGAGACAGAGGGAAGAUUUCUGUACCAAACAUCCGCCUCCUGCCGCCAGGAUAUCAAAUUCACUGCGAGGAGACAUCUCCUGCUGUGUCGGUAUCCACUGGGACGACAGUCAAGAAAAGCCCCAGUUUCAAUCAUACCUCCGGUGACCAACUCAACACUCUCAGUGCCAUGAAAAACAACCAACCUUCAACUCUCCCAAAAAGAAGACCAGGGAGACCAAAAGGUUCUGGGAAAAAACAAAAACAACAGCAGCUGGCUGAAAGCAGCAAUAAAAAUUCUUCCCUUUUUGCGGGCUGGUCUUCAUUGACCAGCACCAGGAAGAGGACGUCCCACAAUCUAUUUCAGCUUAAUGGGACACCAAGAAAGGCCUUGAGAUUGAAGGAGGAUGACUCAUUUGCUUUGACUCAGGUCCAACCGCUUGUGUCCGCCCCAUCCAAAGGGCUUUUCAGCAGUAGCUCCUUUGAGGUGGACUCCUUUCGCAGUAUUGCAAAUGGCUACUCCUCCUUCUGUACCAAGUCCAUGGGAUCAGGUCCAGAUUUAUCUGUUGCAUCUAAAAGUGGGCUUUACGGGCCAAAGCGUAGACAAGAUGAGCUGGUAAUGCCGAGGGGCAGGAAGUCCGGACAAGAGUUUCUGGUCAAGUUAGAUCAUGAAGGGGUAACAUCCCCAAAAACCAAGAACAGCAAAGCUCUGUUGCUGCGAGGAGGAUCCUCCAGCGUGAGUGCAAUACCCAAGACGGAAGCGUACUCACAUCCGGUCCUUUUGGUUAAAGACAACAAAAAGGGCGGCAAUUCGAAAGUAGAACUUCUCCUGAAAGGAACCACACCCCAAAGAAAACCUUCAUCUUCGUUGCGUCUUGGAGAAUAUGGAGACUUGGGGUUCAGCUCGCACAGAGAAUGUCAUAGCUCCUACUCUGACAUGGAUGAAGAAGAGGAAGAAGAGGAGGAAAGGAAAAGGGCCGCACUGGCAUUAGCUUCAGGAGGACUACGGACUGCCGGCCAUUUCCUUUCCCAUCUCCCCGUGUCAUCCUCCUCUUCUGGUUCAUCUAGUUCCUCUUCAUCAGGGUCAAUCUCCAGCUCCAGCCUUUCUUCCUCUGACAAUGACUCCUCCUACAGCUCAGAGGAUGAGGAACGUUCUACACUGAUGCUACAGAGUUGCUUGUCGUCUCAGCGGGGGAUGCUUCAACCCAGUGAAUCUUCCACUUCUUCGAGGCAACAUUCAUUUGUGGCCAAAGCUUUGGCUGUUUCCAAUAGCAAAGGAUCUGCUGAUAUGUCCAACAGUAAAUCCCUGAAGAGGAAAGAGUGUUCAAUCGCUAAGUCAUCGAGAGAAUUUGUGAAGAAACCUAGGAUUCUACCAGAGGACAACUCAUGUAUUCUGAGACCCAAGAUAUCCACAUUCCUUGCGGGGCACCAAAUGUGGAGGUGGUCCGGCAACCCUACACAGAGACGGGGUCUAAAGGGGAAGGCCAAGAAGCUUUUCUACAAGGCCAUCGUGAGAGGAAAAGACGCCAUGAAAGUGGGAGACUGUGCCGUGUUCCUCUCAGCAGGACGUCCAAACCUACCGUACAUUGGUAAAAUUGAAAACUUCUGGGAAUCCUGGACCUCCAGCAUGGUGGUCAAAGUCAAAUGGUUCUACCACCCUGAAGAGACAAAGCUGGGGAAAAGACAUCGAGACGGCAAGCAUGCCUUGUACCAGUCGUGUCACGAGGAUGAAAAUGAUGUCCAGACAAUCUCUCAUAAAUGCCAGGUGGUGAGCAGGGAGGAGUAUGAGAAUCUGACUCGCAAUCAGAAGCCGAACAGUACCUCUCCAGACCUGUACUACCUGGCUGGUACAUAUGACCCCACUUCGGGUCAGCUGGUCAGUGCUGAUGGGGUUUCGAUCAUGUGCUGAAUCUCUACGAAAAGGAAACUACUGAACACUUUCUCCUUACUUAUACCUACAAGACCCCAAGCCUGUUGCUUGACUUACACACUGGAGACUAUUGGUGUCUAACCUUGCUGGAAGAGACGGAGAUUCCCAUACUGGUUCUUUCAAGACACAUGGCUGAACAUUGGGUCUUUGGCAUCGCAGCCUUCAAUCACUCGUGUUACGUUGGUUGUAUCAUGUGAUUGACACAAAGCUGAGUGCAUUGAACAGGGCUACGAACCAUAAGGCUAAAUGGUUUCUGAGGACCAAUUUGCUAAAAGGUAGCCUAACCUGAACGAUAAAGUGACAAGUGAGACCCGGGGCUUCGUCAUUCCAGGGAAACGUGUAAAGUUGAUGUCUGUAAAUAUUUUAAAUUGUUCCAAAAUCAAGCCAUACACUUCAGUACCUCUCACCUGUCUUCACUGUUCAGGUGUACAUUGUACAGAUGGAUUAUCGUGUUGUUGUCUGUUGUGGAUAUGUACAUAAAAGCUAUUUUAUACAGGAAUAUAUUGUAUAUAUAUGAGAUGUAUCUUUCCAUGUUUGCAAUUGAUUUAUUUUUAUAUGUGUAUAGAUUGUUUUUUGUUUUUCUUUCCUUUGCUUUGGGAAAUCAUGAUUGAAGAUGUUAGCAUUGCACUGCAUAUGCCCUGCUGAGACAGAAAGACAGACAGAGCACAGACAAAGAGAGAAGGAUUUAGUCUAUAACAGGGCAAGACUCACUCUCUGAGAGAUCAUGGAGUCAUCCUGUUAAAAAAAAGGUCCAGUGGCUUUUUUGUAUAUGUUCUGUUACUUGGGAUUUUUUAACCUAUCAUUUUUGUAUUAUUUAUGUACAUCUCAGUUGGUUUAUAAGGCAGAUCCCGGUGGAUUGCGAUCACAUAUGAAAACUAAUUUAAGGCUGAUGAAAUUCGUGGGAUUUCUCCGGGUACUCCGGUUUCCUCCCACAUUCCAAAAACCUGCUAGGUUAAUUGGCGACUCCAAAUUGUCCAUAGGUAUGAAUGUGAGUGUGAAUGGUUGUUUGUCGAAAUGUGCCCUGUGACUGGCUGGCGACCAGUCCAGGGUGUUUCCCGCCUCUCGCCUGAAGACAGCUGGGAUAGGCUCCAGCACCCCCUGCGACCCUCGUGAGGAUAAAAAAAAAUAGAAAAUGAAUGAAUGAAAUGAAUAUACCCUAUUAACAUACCUGUAUUUGUGCGUGAUGAGAGUCCUCAAAAAUGGUGCCCACACAAAUCAUUUGAGAACAAGACCGGGUCUUGUCAUUGAGGACAUUUUGCACCCAUUGCGCCCGCAAAUGCAUAAUUUAAUGCAACCUAAAUAUAUACCAAAGUGGCUUGAGAAACUUUAUUUGAAUUUAACAUAUGAAAAAGAACCUGUAUUGAAUUAGAAUCUAAAAUCACUGCUAACUUAUAGAAAUAUUCUCCACUAUGUUUAUUGGCUCUGCAUUGUGACAAUGGCUGCUUCUUGCACACGUUUUGUCUAGAGCAGAAUGAAGCAUCAAAAAGCCCACCAGAAUGAACGUCGAGGUACUGACAAAAUAAGAUCGUUAAAAAUACAGUAUGUUGUCUAGUUCAGUUGCAUCAUCUAUUUUGUACAGUACAUGCACAUACUCAAUACUAACUGUGAAGGACAAUCAGAUUCACAAAGAAAUGGACUUUAUGGUUCAUUCAAUCUGAAAAUGACUUACAUUUUAUUUAAUUCGUGCCAAGUACUUUUUUUUUGUCUACUUUAGUCUUGUUUUGUAUGCAAUCCUGACUAUUUUGUGUUCGCAAAAGGUUUAUUUUGUUUGCCAAUACACUUUAUUUAUUUUUAUCUGUCAACGUUGCUGUUUGUUCAAAGCAAGGAGCGCUUUAUGAGAAUGUGACAUUGUUUUUAAUUGGUGUGAUGUCGCAUUUUGCAUUUCUUAAAUAAAAAAAAAAGUGGUCUGAUAGAGACCAAACAGUGAAAAGAAAUAAAAAAACACUGGAUUGUUCUCGUCCAUAAACCUCUGUGCUGG